GUGAAAGUAUAAUUCAUCGGCCUAUAUUGGACUUUUAUGAAAGCAGAAACAUCUUUACACAAUUGUAAUGGAACCAGAUGGAGAUCCGCUUUAUGAGAAACUAUCCACAGAUACGGGUCCACACAGUUCAGUCCAGAAGCAAAGAUCAAAGUCACAUGAGCGCAGUUAUGUGUCCAUGAAGAGCAACCAGUCACUAGAUCCUCCACUUCACUUCAGUAGAUUCAAUCAUCCAAAGUUUAGACCAGAUCCACCAGUAUCCAGACCUGUGUUCAUGAAGAGCGACUGGUCAUGGGAUCCUCAGUGCAACUUUAGCAGACGCAUUGCUUCUAGGUCUAGUUAUGGCCCUCAACAUGCAGAACCCCUCAAGACAUUUAGAUCAAAUCUGAGGAAGAAGUUUGAGAGUCUGUAUGAGGGAACGGCAAAGCAGGGAAACCCAACACUGCUGAAAGAGAUCUACACAGAGCUCUACAUCACAGAGAGUGAGAGUGGAGAGAUUAAUAAUGAGCAUGAGGUGAGACAGAUUGAGACACAGUCCAGGAGAGCAGCAACAAAGGACACCGCGAUCAAAUGCAGUGACAUCUUCAGACCUUUACCUGGACAAGACAAACCCGUCAGAACUGUGCUGACAAAGGGAGUCGCUGGCAUUGGAAAAACAGUCUCUGUGCAGAAGUUCAUCCUGGACUGGGCUGAAGGGAAAGAGAAUCAGGACGUCCAGCUCAUAUUUCCACUUCCUUUCAGAGAGCUCAAUCUGAUGAAGGACAAAACACUCAGUCUUUUGGGUCUAAUGCAUAUUUUCUUUCCUGAAACCAAAGAAAUGAAACCAUUCAGUGGUGAAAAUAAAGUUGUCUUUGUUUUUGAUGGUCUGGAUGAGUGUCGUCUGUCUCUGGAUUUUCAGAGCGAUGUGAGGUUGUGUGAUGUGAGUGAAGCCGCUUCAGUGGAUGUGCUGCUGAUGAACCUGAUUGUGGGGAAUCUGCUUCCCUCGGCUCUCAUCUGGAUCACCUCCAGACCAGCAGCAGCUGAUCUCAUCCCCUCUGAGUGCAUCCAUCGAGUGACAGAGGUACGAGGCUUCAAUGAUCCACAGAAGGAGGAGUACUUCAGGAAGAGAAUCAGUGAUCCAAGUCUGGCCAACAGGAUCAUCUCACACCUGAAGUCAUCGAGGAGCCUCUUCAUCAUGUGCCACAUCCCAGUCUUCUGCUGGAUCUCAGCCACUGUUCUGGAGAAGAUGAUGAGGAAAUCAUGGAAAGGAGAUAUUCCCAAGACUCUCACUCAAAUGUACACACACUUCCUGAUUAUUCAGACCAGCAUCAAACAUGAGAAGGACUAUGAGAAGAAAGUGAAGGAUGAAGACAUGAUCCUCAAACUGGGGAAACUGGCUUUCCAGCAGCUUGUGAAAGGUAACCUGAUCUUCUAUGAGGAAGACCUGAGAGAGUGUGGCAUUGAUGAGACUGAAGCAUCAGUUUACUCAGGAUUGUGCACUCAGAUCUUCAGAGAGGAGUUGGGCUUGUAUCAGGGGAAAGUCUUCUGCUUUGUUCAUCUGAGCAUUCAAGAGCAUCUCGCAGCUCUAUAUGUGCUGCUUUCAUUCCUGCUGGACAAGAGAGAUGUGCUCAAUGAAAACCUCAGCUCAAAACAUGCACACGAGAUCACAUGUCACACAAUAUCUGACCUGCAUCAGAGAGCCGUGGACAAGGCUUUACAGAGUAAGAAUGGACAUCUGGACCUUUUCCUCCGAUUUCUUCUGGGUCUCUCGCUGGAGUCCAAUCAGAAGCUCAUGAAAGGUCUUCUGACACACAUUGGGAACAUCUCAUACAAUGAAGAGAAAACGGUUGAGUAUAUUAAAAUCAAAAUAAGAGUGAAUCCCUCACCAGAGAAAUCCAUCAAUCUAUUUCACUGUUUAAAUGAACUGGGCGAUCAGUCUCUCGUCAGUGAAGUCCAGAAGUAUCUCAGAUCUGGAGGUCUGUCAAGCGCUAGACUGUCCUCAUCACAGUGGUCAGCUGUUGUCUUUGUUUUGUUGACCUCAGAGCAGUUGGAUGAAUUUGAUUUAAGUAAAUAUAUAAGUAACAAGUACAAAGAAAACCACAUGACUCCUGAUGAAGUUCUUCUGAAGCUCUUGCCUGUAGUUGAAGCCUCCAGAUCAGCAGAGUUGAGAGAUUGUGGCGUCACAGCUGAAGGUUGUACUGCUCUGAGUUCAGCUCUGAGAUCAAACUCCUCACAGCUGAGAGAACUGAAUCUGCCUGGGAAUAAAGUAGGAGAUGCAGGAGUGAAGCUGAUCUCUGAUGCACUGAAGGAUCCUCGCUGUAAACUGGAGACACUGAGGUUGUCUGAUUGUAGAGUCACAUCUAAAGGUUGUGCUGCUCUGAGUUCAGCUCUGAGAUCAAACUCCUCACAGCUGAGAGAACUGCGUCUGUCUGAGAAUUAUGUUGGAGAUAGGGGUCUGACGCUGAUCUCUGAUGCACUGAAGGAUCCUCGCUGUGAACUGGAGAAACUGAGGUUGAGAGAUUGUGGCGUCACAGAUGAAGGUUGUGCUGCUCUGAGUUCAGCUCUGAGAUCAAACCCCUCACAGCUGAGAGAACUGAGUCUGUCUGGGAAUAAAGUAGGAGAUGCAGGAGUGAAGCUGAUCUCUGAUGCACUGAAGGAUCCUCGCUGUGAACUGGAGAUACUGUGGUUGUGGGAUUGUGGCGUCACAGAUGAAGGUUGUGCUGCUCUGAGUUCAGCUCUGAGAUCAAACCCCUCACAGCUGAGAGAACUGAGUCUGUCUGGGAAUAAUGUAGGAGAUGCAGGAGUGAAGCUGCUCUCUGAUGCACUGAAGGAUCCUAGCUGUAAACUGGAGAUACUGUGGUUGAGAGAUUGUGGCGUCACAGAUGAAGGUUGUGCUGCUCUGAGUUCAGCUCUGAGAUCAAACCCCUCACAGCUGAGAGAACUGAGUCUGUCUGGGAAUAAAGUAGGAGAUGCAGGAGUGAAGCUGAUCUCUGAUGCACUGAAGGAUCCUCGCUGUGAACUGGAGAUACUGUGGUUGUGGGAUUGUGGCGUCACAGAUGAAGGUUGUGCUGCUCUGAGUUCAGCUCUGAGAUCAAACCCCUCACAGCUGAGAGAACUGAGUCUGUCUGGGAAUAAUGUAGGAGAUGCAGGAGUGAAGCUGCUCUCUGAUGCACUGAAGGAUCCUAGCUGUAAACUGGAGAUACUGUGGUUGAGAGAUUGUGGCGUCACAGAUGAAGGUUGUGCUGCUCUGAGUUCAGCUCUGAGAUCAAACUCCUCACAGCUGAGAAAACUGGAUCUGUCUAAGAAUAAUCUAGGAGUUGCAGGAGUGAAACUGAUCUCUAAUGGACUCAAGCAUCCUCGCUGUAAACUGGAGAAACUGACGUGUUCCCCAUUUAGUUCCUGAAUUUAAGCCCUGUGUUUUCCUAAGUCCUGCGUCCAGUCUUAUACGUCUAAGCCCUGCGCUACGUGUGUGUUCCUGCCCAUGUAUGUCUUUAUGUGGAUUAAUAAAAAUUGUUCCUCGUUACCCCCCAUCGUCUCCACAUUCCUUUGUUCCGACACUGUAGGCAAACCAUGACGGCUGGUGAGGGGGAAAGGGUGACAGAGUGCAGAGGGCCCAGAGGUUUGUGGGGCCCCAGCGAAAGUGAUUUUGCGAUCGGAAACUUGCUUUUGAUAAGCACAGU